CACGGUCAUCACCCAAUUUUCAUUCGCCGCCCGCCAAGAAUGCCGUCUUGGCAAGCACAGCAUGUAAACAAUGGGCGGAUGAAACGCAAAAGGACGCACGGGCCGACGGCCAAGUGGCAGAAGAAGCUGGCGCCUGGUUUUGCAUGCUCAACAAACAAAGGAUGUUGUCGUAUACCAUGUUCUCGCUGAUUUCGUUCCAUUAUUUAUUCCAACGCCCGACCGAUAAUAACUCACAGCCUCUAUCUUUGCUCCAUCAUCCUGCCACUCUUUUUCAAUCCACACUCAUUUAUUCACAAGAGGUGCACAAUGCCUGUCCUUUCAAAACUUAUCUCACUCCUCCCACUCCUCGCCAUCGCUCAGGGAGCUACCAGCGACGAAUGGCGAUCAAGAUCUAUCUAUCAACUUAUUACUGACCGUUUCGCACCUCCUUCUGACGACACAACAUGUCCGUUAGGCGCUACUAACUACUGCGGUGGUACAUGGCAAACCAUCAUCUCGAAGCUAGACUAUAUCCAGAAUAUGGGAUUUGAUGCCAUCUGGAUCAGUCCUACCGCUCUCAACAUUGAAGGUAAUACUAAGUAUGGCGAAGCUUACCACGGAUACUGGACAGCAGACCCGACUAAACUCAACCCCCAUUUCGGCCAAGCUUCCGAUCUCAAAGCCCUCUCGGUUGCGGUCCACGACCGAGGAAUGUACCUCAUGGUCGACAUUGCUAUUAACGCUCUUGCAGCCACUUCCUACUCUCUCGAUGCCUCUGCACUCGCUUCAGAUGCCGAUGGUACCCUUCUCUUCAAGGACCCUUCCGAUUUCCACACACGAUGUGAUAUCAGCUGGGGAAACCACACUUCCGAGCAAGUCUGCUGGCUUGUGACAGGAGAUGACAACGGGGAUGUGGCGCUGCUUGAUCUCAAAACUGAAAGCGACUCUGUCGCUAGCGUACUCAAGGACUGGGUUGGUGGGUAUGUCACCGAGUACGGGAUAGAUGGUUUCAGAAUUGAUGCGAGCAAGCAUAUGAGCAAAGAAUUCCAGCACGAUUUCUGCGAGGCCGCCGGCACGUUCUGCAUGGGUGAAGUCGCAGGUGACAACACCGAAUACGCGGGGGAAUACCAAAGUGCUGGUGGCAUUGACUCUGUUUGUGGUUUCGGCCUCAUGUACGGCUUUGUCAACGUUUUCACCGGUGGCGACAAAAUGUCCACCCUCGAAUACUACAUCAACCUCGCCGCCUCAUCCUAUCCUGAUCCUACAGUCAUUGGCACAUUCCUCGACAACCAAGAUCUUCCUCGAUUCAAUUCUCUUACAUCUGACGCUUCACUCGUUUACAACGCUAUUGUCGGUAUGUUCAUGUACGGCGGUAUGCCGAUUGUGUAUUACGGUUUGGAGCAAGACAUCUCCGAUGGUCCUACGGACCCUCAGAAUCGGGAGGCGCUUUGGAAUUACAAUAAUUAUGCCACUGAUGGGGUUACCUUUGGGAGGAUCACAAACCUCAAUAACAUUAGGAAUAGGUUGGGCGGUGUUGGUGAGCUGUAUAAUGCUGUUGCUACAGUUCUUGCCAUUCAGGAUCAGGACAUUGCCCUUCAGCGAGAAGAGGCUUUGAUUGUCUUGACUAAUCGGGGCCAGUCUGGUACCGGCACUUGGGCUAUCAAAAACACCCAAUUUGGCGGCUCUGUCUCUGUCAUCGAUCUUCUUUCGUGCUCUACUUCUACUACUGACAGCGAUGGUUCUCUUACCGUCACAUGGACUUCCGGCCAGCCUUUCGUAUUUGUCGCCUCUGAUGUUGCCGAUAAGGCCGGAUUAUGUGGCUCUUUAUCCAACAGCACUAACGCUACUACUGUCUCCUCAUCUUCCUCUGCUUCCACCUCUAUCGACACUGCCACCAGUAGUGCCAGUAUAAGUGGCAACCUCGCCGUCAUCACUGAUGGCUCCUCCUCUCCCUCUUUCUCUGCAACAAGCUCAGCCCUCUCUUCAAGCAUUAGCUGGUACACCCCCACCAGUGCUGCCAGUUCCGUCUCGAGUUCCGAGUUGGUAGUCGUCGUUGCUGCCGUGUCAACUGCAAGCACUGCUGUGACUUCUAGCGGAAGCAUUUGUCGCAGGUCAAAGAAGAGGGCUAUGAGCAAGAGGCAAUUGUAAGGCUUUCAAUUCGGGAGGCUGUUGGGUCAGAGUGUAAUAGUGAUGGGAGGUGAUCAAGAGGAUUAUGGACACAAGGCCUGCCUAUGGAACGAACGAUCAUAAUUAUCAGCCUUUCAAUCAUAAUUAUCAACUAUUAAUUUAUUGUGAGGACGAUCUAUAAAUCACGGACAUAUGAAUCA